AUGAGCUCCGACGGAAAGAUCGAUGUCGAAAAGGCCACACGCUUUGGUGGUGGUCAGUCUGAAGUAUUGGUCGGAGAGGUCAGGGACAUCAAGAACGCUGAUGCUGCGCUGGAAUUUCUUCGAGACGGCGGGGAUGUCACACCUAUGACAGCGGAGGAUGAGCGCCUCUUAAAGCGCAAGAUUGACUGGCGAAUCGUUCCCCUCAUGUUUGCGUGUUACAUUCUCCAGUAUCUUGACAAAACCUUGAUCAACUACGCGAACGUCAUGGGGCUGCAGAGCGACACGAAUAUCACUGGCGAUCAAUACUCCCAACUGGCCAUGAUAUUCUACGUCAGCUAUCUAGCAUUCGAGUUCCCUCACGCUUGGGGCAUGCAGAGAUUCCCAACGGCAAAAUACAUUGGGAUUAUGGUCUGCAUGUGGGGUACGGUGUUGGCAACUACAUCAGCCUGCCACAACUGGGCCGGGCUAGUUGUGACGAGAGUCCUUCUAGGCGUUUUUGAGAGUGCUGUUGCCCCUUCACUCAUCGUCAUUACGACCAUGUGGUACAAACGUCAAGAACAGCCUCCUAGGAUGGGCAUCUGGUAUCUCGGCACUGGUGGCGGCACCAUCGUCGGCUCCCUCAUUUCUUUCGGUUUUCAGCACUACCACAGCUCCGGCUUUACCUCAUGGCAGAUCAUGUUUCUCAUCUGCGGCUUGAUCACCAUUGCUAUCGGUAUCACGGUAAUUCUGAUUCUUCCGGAUAAUCCGAUGAGCGCACGCUUCCUCUCCCGCGAGGAGAAAAUUUGGUCUAUCGAGCGAUUAAGAAGCAACCAGACUGGCAUCGAAAACAAGCGAUUCAAGCGCGAGCAGGCGAUCGAGUGUUUCACAGACCCACAAACCUAUCUUUUGGCGCUCAUCACCAUUGCUUCAAAUGUGCCCAAUGGAGCCGUCUCCUCGUUUCAGGCCACCAUUAUCAAGGGGUUUGGGUACACAUCUAAGGAGACUGCACUUCUAUCUAUCCCUUCAGGUGCAGUCAGUAUCGUCUCGAUUCUAGCGGCUACCAACGUGGCAGGGAGAUUCAAUCAAAGAGCUAUCAACAUUAUUUGCCUUCUGAUACCCGGUGUCAUCGGAGCUGCGCUGAUGGCUUUCCUACCAGAGGACAGUAAAGCUGGUAAACUGAUUGGAAACUAUAUGACGAAUUGCAUUGGGGCAACUUUGCCUUUGUUAUAUUCUCUUGUUGGUGCCAACUACGCCGGUCACACCAAGAAGGUCACCAUGAACGCCACUUUGCUCAUCUGUUUCUGUGUUGGUAACAUUAUCGGACCCUUGACAUUCACGGCUGAGUCUGCGCCAGGAUACCUCCCAGCCAAAACAGCAAUCAUCGUAACCUGCGGGUUGGCGAUGAUGUUCACGUUGAUGCUAAGGUACUAUUACAUAUGGGAAAAUAAGCGACGGGAUAAAUUUGUUCAAGCAGGAGAGCUUAGCCACUUGAAGGAUGUCGAGUUCAGCGAUAUGACUGAUCGUAUGAACAAGGAGUUUAGAUACACCCUUUGA